GCUCCGUUUUGCGACGCAAUCUUUUUUCCUCUCUAUUUUUCUUCUUCACUCAACCUCAGAUUAUACAACCUAUUCUCUCUCGUUCGAAAUCCCCAUAACCCCAAACAAUUCUUCAAAAUGAGCGGAGACAAGAUGGACGUCGAGGUCGCGGAGCAGAAGAUGAACUCCAUGGAGCACAGCGAGCAGCACUACUUCAAGAGCUACGAUCACCAUGGUAUCCACGAGGAGAUGUUGAAAGAUGAGGUCCGAACACGAUCGUAUAUGAACGCCAUUAUGCAAAACAAGCACAUUUUUAAGGACAAGGUCGUUCUCGAUGUUGGCUGCGGUACCGCCAUUCUCUCCAUGUUUGCCGCUAAGGCCGGUGCUAAGCAUGUUAUCGGUGUCGAUAUGUCCACCAUCAUUUUCAAGGCCCGUGAGAUCGUCAAGAUCAACGGCCUUUCUGACAAGAUCACCCUUCUCCAGGGCAAGAUGGAGGAGGUUGAGCUUCCCUUCCCCAAGGUCGACAUUAUCAUCUCCGAGUGGAUGGGAUACUUCCUUCUCUACGAGUCCAUGCUUGACACCGUUCUCUACGCUCGUGACACCUACCUCCAGAAGGAUGGUUUGAUCUUCCCUGACAAGGCCACCAUCUUCUUUGCCGGUAUUGAGGAUGGCGACUACAAGGAGGACAAGAUUGAGUUCUGGAACGAUGUUUACGGUUUCGACUACACCCCCCUCAAGGCCACUGCUCUCUCUGAGCCCCUUGUCGACACUGUCGAGGUCAAGGCUGCUGUCACCGACCCCGCUCCUGUCCUUACCCUCGAUCUCUACACCUGCACCGUCGCCGACCUGGCUUUCCAAGUGCCCUUCAAGUUGUCUGCUAAGCGCGACGACUUCAUCCACGCCCUUGUGUCAUGGUUCGAUAUCGACUUCACCGCCUGCCACAAGCCUAUCCGCUUCUCAACAGGUCCCCACACCAAGUACACCCACUGGAAGCAGACCGUCUUCUACUUUGAGGACGUCCUCACCGUCCAGCAGGGUGAGGAGAUCACGCUCAACCUUGAUGUCCGACCCAACGACAAGAACCGACGUGAUCUUGACAUCAAGAUUGCCUACGAGCUCGAGACCCAGGAUGCUAACCGCUCCUCCAAGGGUGCUCUCGAAUACCGCAUGUGCUAAGUGGCUUUUUCAGUAAGCACAUGCCGAUCUGCUUGUUGUAAUGACUACACGAAAAAAAUAAAAUUGAAGGUAUGGAAUGCUUUGAGGAAGGAGGAAACUAGAUACUCUUGAGUUUGGGAAACGUACAAGGCGGAACGGCGUCUUCUUGCAUCUUACACGGGGUCAAUUUGCUGUUAGAUAACAUCAGGAGAAGAAAACAUGAGCGUGAGGGACGGUUUGGUUGAUUGACAACCCGUUAUGAGUGAUACCACAAAGAAACCACUCCGGAGUUACCUAGUCAAUAGAUCUUUGCUUUGAUAUGUUCUGCGA